CACCGACGUCCUGUUAAUUGACCUGGUUCUUGGAGAAUGUGGGCCGGCGAACUUCCCCGGACGGGGGCCCAGCACUCCAUCAAGCUGGUGUUGAAAAUCACGUAUAAGCGGGAAGAUCCCGAGUGUCUUUAGGUGACCGGGUUCAGAUCUCUACGCGUACACAUAACGUGGUCAAUUGAGCUGGGAACGACAGAAUGCGUGGAUUCUGGUUUCUAGCUACUCUCGGCCUCGCGGCCGCAGAGGAUGGAUUGAAUGCGUGGUUGCGAUACGCUCGACUACCCGAUGAAAUUGCCAGACAAGCUACGGUUCCUCCUGCCAUAGUUGCUCUCAACACAACCGAAUCGAGUCCCGUAUACAGCGCGGGGCAAGAGUUACGAAGUGGCAUCAAUGGAAUUCUCGGCAAGAAAAUUGACGUAUCACACGAAAUCAGCGAAGGCGGCUCCGUGGUCGUAGGAACAAUCGCGGCCUUCAACGAGUCGGGUAUCUCAGUUGAGACCCCGGAGCUCGAGGAAGAUGGCUUCUGGCUCAGCGUCAAGAACGACAAAGUCGAAAUCGUAGGCCAGAACGAACGCGGCGCACUAUACGGCGCAUUCGAGUACCUGUCCAUGCUAGCCCAGGCGAAUUUCACCGAGGUCGCCUACGCCACGAAUCCGAGCGCUGCGAUCCGAUGGAUAAAUCAGUGGGACAACAUGGACGGGACCAUCGAGCGCGGCUACGCCGGCCUAUCCAUCUUCUUCGCGAACGACACCGUCCUCUCGAACAUGACGCGCGUGGCGCAGUACGCGCGCCUGCUAGCCUCGAUCCGCGUGAACGGAAUAAUCGUCAACAACGUCAACGCGGACGUUACCCUCCUGAGCGACGAGAACAUGGCCGGAUUAGCUCGCAUCGCCGACGCCAUGCGACCGUGGGGUGUCAAGGUCGGGAUCUCGCUGAACUUCGCGUCGCCGCAGACCUUCGGCGGAUUGAGCACCUUCGACCCGCUCGACGACACUGUGAUCGCGUGGUGGAACAACAUUACGGAUAAGCUAUACGUGCAGGUCCCGGACAUGGCUGGUUUCCUCAUCAAGGCAAACUCCGAGGGGCAGCCGGGGCCGGAAACGUACAACCGCACGCUUUCAGACGGCGCAAACCUGUUUGCGCGUGCCACAAAGCCGCACGGUGGCGUCGUCAUGUUCCGCGCCUUCGUGUACGAUUACCAGAACCUGAACGAGUCGAACUGGAAGGACGACCGUGCGAACGCGGCAGUGGACUUCUUCCGCGGUCUCGACGGUAAGUUCGAUGAUAAUGUGAUUGUCCAAAUCAAGUACGGGCCGAUCGAUUUCCAGGUACGGGAGCCAGCGUCGCCAUUGUUUGCGCACCUGAAGCAGACGGCGACGGCAAUCGAAUUGCAGAUCACGCAAGAGUACCUCGGUCAACAGUGCCAUCUAGUUUAUCUACCGCCGCUGUGGAAGACAGUCUUGGAUUUUGAUUUGCGCGUCGAUGGUGAAAAGUCCGUUAUUGGGACUGAUAUCCUGUCUGGCAAGCGCUUUAACAAGACGGGGCUCACAGGCUACGCGGGAGUCGUAAACGUGGGUCAUAAUGCUACAUGGCUCGGCACGCACCUUGCCAUGUCGAAUUUGUACGCGUAUGGACGAAUCGCGUGGGAUCCGACGGUUAAUGAGGUGGCGAUCCUCGAAGACUGGACACGGUUGACUUUUGGGUUGGACGAUACUGUGCGUGAAACUAUCACGCGUAUGUCGAUGGAGUCGUGGCCUGCUUAUGAAAACUAUACCGGCAAUCUGGGGAUCCAGACAUUGACGGAUAUCACUGGCCCUCACUAUGGACCAAACCCGCAGUCGAUGGACAACAACCCAUGGGGGCAAUGGACCCGAGCUGAUGCAUUUAGCAUUGGGAUGGAUCGCACUGUCAGCAACGGCACCGGAUAUUCGGGCCAAUACCCUGACGAAGUCGCCGCCAUGUUCGAGGAGAUUGAGACGACGCCUGAUAACUUGCUCCUGUGGUUCCAUCAUGUGCCGUAUACUCAUGUUCUCAAGAGCGGGAAGACGGUUAUUCAGCAUUUUUAUGAUGCGCACUACGCCGGCGCCGAAACAGCAGCCAGCUUCCCGGAGCAAUGGUCUAAGCUACGCGGGCUUAUUGACCAGCAGCGCUUCGACGAGAUGCUCUUCCGACUAACUUACCAAGCCGGGCACGCGAUCGUAUGGCGGGACAGCAUCAACGAAUUCUAUAACUCGCUGUCGCAAAUCGGCGACGACCACGACCGGGUGAACAAUCACCCGUACCGGAUCGAAGCGGAGAAUAUGACUUUGACGAAUUACCGCGUGACAGCCGUCAACCCGUUCGAAGUCGCCUCGAGCCUGCGCAUCGUGCAGAGCGUCGGGAACUCAAGCGCCACGAGCGCGAGCGCGACGCUCAAUUACACGGCGGGAGUGUAUGAUCUCGCCGUAGCGUACUAUGAUCUAUACGAGGGAAAAGCGUCGUACGAAUUGUUCUUGAACGAGAGGAGUAUUGGGAAGUGGAUUGGGGAUAAUGAGGACAGGCUAGGGUUCACGCUAACAAGAGGUAUUGACGGACAUUCGGCGACGCGGAUUACGUUUAAGGGGAUUGAGAUUAAGGAGGGUGAUGUGGUGCGCGUUGAUGCUAAGGCGAAUGGUCGCGAGACGGCCCCGUUGGAUUAUAUUGCUGUGUUGCCGCCGGGAGUAGUGGAUUAAACGCGAUGUAGAUUUGUUUCGUAGAAAUUGAAUCGUACCUAUAUAUAUACCGUAUCCGAAUUUCAAAAGUUACAAUUGGUUCAUGCAAAAGAGGAUUGGGGAAUUCGACUUUGCAAGUACAUUUGCUACGCCCACCCCCGUGCAUGCCAUGCAAGGUGUGUAAAGCCGGGGCAUUUGAUCGGUAACAAAUGAGCG